AUGGAUAUCUCUGAUGACGAUUUUAGUGACCACGGUUCUGGAGCUGACCUAAGGGAUGAGUCUCUCCUGCCCGAUAUUGAUGGUAUGGCCCAGAGAACCAGGUCAAGGAAAACAGAUAUACCCAAGCAAAGCUCUUCAGGUGGGUAUGCCUGGGAAGAUGAGUACAAGAGACCGUGGGAUAUCGUGAAGGACGAUGAUGAAAGCGGGCGAUCUAUGGAAACAUUGAUUCAGAAGACCAUUGAAAUCAGGAAGAAAAAGAUUAUGAGAAACCCCACAACGCCGUUCCAGAGAGGAAUUAUAAGGACUCUCAUUGUCGUGAUCGACGGUUCUCUGGCAAUGCUUGAGAAGGACCUACGGCCCACACGCUUUUCUGCUAUGUUGUCAUAUCUACAAGAAUUUGUGACAGAGUUCUUUGAUCAAAAUCCAAUAUCCCAACUAGGCAUAGUUAUGAUGCGGAACGGCAUGGCACACCUUGUCAGUGAGGUAAGUGGUCUGCCACAGUAUCACCUUGAUAAAAUAAGGACGCUUAAGUCCCGUCAGCAUAACAGGUAUGAGCCCAAAGGUGAUCCGUCUCUACAGAAUGCUUUGGAAUUGGCACGGUCGCUUCUAACGGCCAACUUCGAAGGUAUGGCCUCGUCAUCAAACAAGAACUCCAAAGAGAUACUCAUUAUUUUUGGUGCACUUUUCACUUCAGAUCCUGGAGAUAUCCAUAAAACAAUUGAUUCCCUAGUGAAGGAGAAUAUAAAAGUGAAAGUUAUCGGCCUCUCGGCGCAAGUGGCCAUAUGCCAGGAAAUCGUUAGUAGAACAAACUUUCCGGCUACUCCAAAAGUCAAAAUCCGCAUAGAUAUUGCUAACUUCUAUGGUGUCAUCAUGAAUGAAUCUCACUUCAAAGAACUUCUUAUGAGCUGUGUGGAGCCUCUCGCCGUUACAACAAAAUCGGCUGAAGCAAUUAAAGGGUCCUCGACUGGUGUCCCGCUUAUACGAAUGGUGGUUCCAAUGCUGGUUACAGGUGUCCACAAUGCAAUAGCAGUGUGUGUCAUCUUCCAACAACAUGUCCAGUAUGUGGGCUAA